AAAAAAAAGAGGAGGGUGAUAGGGGGACUGCUCCACAUCAGCCAGGGAAAAGAUUAAAGCUGCACCGAUCACUAGCCAGACCAGCCUUCCCAUUCCUCCACCUGGACACUGCUCCGUGAGGGGUCUGCCCUCACUGCUGCUUAUCUGCUGGCACGCUCUACGUAGUCAAGGAGUCUUGUACAACUUGCACAACACGCGCACUAAGUUUUUCCACCUUCUCACCAGACCAUGACGCAUGAGCUCAACACUACCGACCACGAGCUGUGGUUCUACGAAUGUACGUUCGAACUGGACAGGGACUCGCGGCAUAUUGCCCUCUUCCUCCUCUACCUGCUCCUGUUCGUGGUGGGCCUGUUCGAGAACAGUCUGGUGGUUUGGGUAAACUGGCGCCGACGGCACGCUGCCAGCGGCGUGUUCUUCUGCGUCAUCAACGUCAGCCUGUCCGACCUGAUGGUGGUGCUCGUCAUGCCCUUCUACAUGCUGGAGGUCACAAUGGACAAGGUGUGGCUGUGGGGCCGCUUUCUGUGCAAGGUCACGCACCUGGUCUACGUCAUCAACUUCUACAGCAGCUCUUUCUUCCUGGCGCUCAUGACGCUGGAGCGGUACCUGUCAGUGACGCGGCCCACCGCCACGCCCGUCUGCUUCCCAGCGCGGCCGCGCCACCGCCGCUGGCUGGCGUGCGCCGCCGUCUGGCUCCUGUCACUGGUGCUGGCGCUCCUGGAGAACGUGCACGUGGAUCUGCUGGAGUGGAGCGAGCCAGGCUGCUUCAUGGUGCCCGAGUGGAACUACACUGAGUGGUUCGUCACUGUCACCUUCCUCUGCCUCAUAUUCCAGUUCCUGGGGCCGGCAGGCAUCAUCGUCACGUGCAACGUGCUCAUCGCCCAGGCGGCACGUGCCUCGCCCGAGGUGCAGAGCCGCCGCGACCUGUGGCUGGUGCACGUGUACUCGGUGGUGUUCUUGGCCUGCUGGCUGCCCUACCACCUGGUCAUGUUCCUGCUGAUGGUGGACGACCUGAACCCACACCUGCUGUCCUGCAACGUCAUCGAGGUGCUGUACUUCACCUUGAGCGUGGCGCAGUGCCUGACGCUCUUCCACUGCAUCGCCAACCCCAUCCUCUACAACUUUCUGAGCAGAAGCUUCCGCGCCAACCUCAUCGAAGAUGUGGUGGCCCGCAUCACGUCUCCGCCCGCCAACGCUGCCGGCGGAGUGGGCGCGGCUGCGGGGAAGGCGCGAGCGCUCAGUAAUGCCAGCACCAGUCAUUCAGACCUGGACUCCUAGAGAGCGAACUCCCUGCAGGAAAGUGAGGAAGGAAACACUUCAGAGUGUUUCACAGAGGGUUUCACAUGCUUCUGGGAAUAAAAGAAAAAUAUUGUUCACACAAUUCGUUUUGUUUUCCAAGAUUCAUAGGUUUUUACCACUGGACAUUCGAGCAUGCUGCCUUGCUCUCUUAUCAGACUCUUGGGUGUAACAUCUCCUUGGGUCUUGAGUAUAACAUCUCCACAUUGCUAAAGAGACAAUUAGACAGUGAUAAAUCUGAUUUUUCUUUUCUAAAACACAAAACAGCAGUGCAGGGUUGUAUGUCAUACAAUUUCUCCGUGCAAAGAGGCAACAAACAGUAUCAUAGAACAUGUUAAGCCUCUUAAUUGUUUUUUUUUGUUUGUUUUGUUUUUGUAAAUACUGGAGUGAAAAGAUCCAUUUUGAGUCAGAAUUCUAUGUAAACCACUUUAGGGAGCCCUGUUUUAUAACCGGAAGGAAGAAAACUCCCUACAUCAACCUCCCACAGGAAGUAGCAUUUAGGAACAUUUAGGAACAGGGAUGUGCAAGCAGAAUGUAUCAUAUGCCCGUUAUAUCACAGUACCUUAUGUUCAAAUGUCCUUUGUUAAAUAAAGUUCCCCAGCAAAACUUUCACCUUUCUGGACAGCAAGAAGUGAGGUGCUUUGGCAGUGAGGUGCCAGUGAGCAGGCCGAAGUCCUGGACUUUCUGAAACGCCACCACUAGUGACCGCUCACAUUGGUGCUACUCUGGCCGUGUCACCUUCUCCUUGGGCAGAGCUCUGAAAACCUCACUGGACUCGUGGUUUUGCGAUCCUGUUGUUCACUGGGACCACUAGCUGGACAAAAUAAUACCAGAUGUCCCAGUCAACGUGUACAUAAUGUAACAGAUGUGUUAUUUACAUGUAAUUAAAACAGUUAAACAUCA